AUGUCGAAACAUGUUUCUGGCUCUAGGGCCGCUUGGGGUUAUACCAAGAGUGCCAUAAACUACACUGUAAUAACAAUUGUAUUAGUAUAUGUUUUAUACAAAUUGUUCACGAACCAUGGAGAGGAUAUCAACUUCGGUAAGUUCUUGCUCAAGACGUCGCCAUAUAUGUGGGCGAACUUAGGGAUUGCGCUAUGUAUUGGGUUAUCAGUUGUUGGUGCGGCAUGGGGUAUUUUCAUUACUGGAUCUUCGAUUAUUGGUGCUGGUGUUCGUGCGCCUCGGAUCACGACCAAGAACUUGAUUUCUAUUAUUUUCUGUGAGGUUGUGGCUAUCUACGGGUUGAUUAUGGCCAUUGUGUUUUCCUCUAAGGUGACAGUUGCUGAGCCCGAGACUAUGUUCAGCAAGUCCAAUUUGUAUACUGGUUAUUCGAUUUUCUGGGCAGGGAUCACCGUUGGGGUUUCUAAUUUGAUUUGUGGUGUUGCUGUUGGUAUCACCGGUGCGACAGCUGCUGUUUCUGAUGCGGCUGACUCAUCUCUUUUCGUUAAGAUCUUGGUCAUUGAGAUUUUCGGCUCUGUUCUUGGUCUAUUGGGUUUGAUUGUUGGGUUGCUAAUGGCCGGUAAGGCAGUAGAAUUCAAAUAA